AUGAAUCAGACAGAUGCAGUGGGUACAGAUGCUUCCAGCUUGAGAAAGGCAGACCCCAAAGGUCGGAGCGCUCUGUUGGCUGAUAUCCAGCAGGGAACUCGCCUACGGAAAGUCACACAGAUCAAUGACCGCAGUGCCCCGCAAAUUGAGAGUUCUAAGGGAGGCAACAAAGAAGGAGGAGGUGCUGCAAAUUCUCGAGGCGGAAGCACACCCCCAGCCCUGGGAGAUCUGUUUGCCGGUGGCUUUCCAGUGUUGCGUCCAGCAGGCCAGAGGGAUGCAGCAGGUGCAGGCAGAGAUGGGCUGGAACAGGAAGGCUGGCACUUGCAAGGACCUUGGGGCCGGUCCAGCCAGCCGUCUCGUGGGACAGCUGCCGCACCUGAGGUCUCCCCGUCCUCUGUGCCUGCGCCUCCUUUGCCAGGAGCUAACAACAGCAGUGAAGCCCCACCCCCGCUGCCUCCCAAGUCUCCCAGCUUCCAGGCCCAGCCACCCAAGUCCAGCGUUCAAGCCUUGCCUACACCUCCAGCCCCUCCGGGAUCCCAGACGUUCGUGCAGAAGAAGAGGCCCGGACGAGGCCCAGGGACCAGUGGGGGAAAGCUAAAUCCACCCCCAGCACCGCCUGCGAGGUCACCCACCACGGAGCUUUCCAGCAGAAGCCAGCAGGCCCCAGCCUGGACCCCGACACCGCAGCCGGGAGGUCAGCUGCGGAACGGAAGCCUGCAUAUCAUCGAUGACUUUGAGUCGAAAUUCACGUUUCAUACUGUGGAAGACUUUCCUCCUCCAGAUGAGUAUAAACCAUGCCAGAAGAGUUACCCCAGCAAGAUCCCCAGAACUUUCUUCCUUCUCCCCAUUGACCUGGUUCCCCGAGAUUCGCGUUCUUCAUGUCUGGGGGACGGUGCAUUUUUCCCCACCCCUACCCCAUGGAAAGAGACCUUAGCAAGGCCUCCAGGGGACCUCCAUGUCACCAAAGCCAGUGGUCAGAUGUAUUAG